CUGAUCCGCCCUCAGGCUCUCGCUAGAAUACGGAAACAGCAGAAGCGCACAUUAAGAGUCUUUGAACGCUAUAGUAACGUUGUGUUUCUCGGCACAUUGCAACACGGCUCAGGCCUAGCACAAUGGGCGGAGAGUCUGGCUAAGGCUAUGAGUGUGCUCGAACAAACUAAUGCUGACAUCCUCGUGGUCCUUAAAAGCGACUCGGAAGUGCUAGAGCGGACCCAGGGUUGCUUCCACACUAUGAUCCGUGCAGGCAACCACGACGGGCUUGCACUAAUUGAGAUCACAUGUUUUUAUGAGGAGCUGCCUCUGCCCGGCGUUCAAACUGUGAUCAGCUCGGCGCAUUCUGUCACACUACGAGACUAUUUCCCGAUAGCAGCACGACAAAACCACGCGGACAUGACGAACUUCCGUGCAGUUGAUGACUCAGGAUUUGUCCCCGUUACUGGUAAGGUUCGCCGAUGGGUCGAAGUGCUUGUCGUAGCAGCGGAUGAUAUCAGGUCCACUCGGGAGAUUGCUUGA